UUACCUAACCACUUUGUAAAAACUGACCUAGCUGCAUACCCACAACCACAAACAUUUGACAUUCGAACCAUUAAGCCAGCUAUCAAAACGAGAGUCUUCUUGACAGGUUAGCUAGCUAGCAAAACAGUAUCUUGUUUGUAUGGCUUGUCUUACUAUCGUCUCAGUUUCGUGUUGUCAAGGCACGCUAAUUCCAUGGUUCAUAGUCGGAGUAGAAGUUGGCCAACUGUUAGCUUGCUAACUUCACAGACGGUGCUCAUGUUCACAUUAAUUGCGAAAAACAGCUAAUUGCGAAACCAACAGAUGGCCAUAGUUAAUAGCUGGAGAGCCAUAUUUUCAUAAUUUCCUAAUUAUUUUACUUGCAGAAAAUGUACAUUAAUGAUGUUCCUCCUUUAGACAUGGCAGAUGACUCCCUCUUUGAAUUUCUCCAUAUGGAAAUAGUCUCUCAUGUUUACAAGGAACAUGAGUCCCGCGGAGAUAACGAUAAGGAGAGAGGCACUUGUGUCUCCUUAUUAGAGCUCAUGGGUUUCCGGGUAGGCCAAGGACUUAUUGAGAGGUUCACAAAGGACACUCCUAGCUUCAAGGAUGAGCUUGACGUUAUGAAGUUUGUCUGUAAAGACUUCUGGACGAACAUCUUCCGCAAGCAAAUAGACAACCUACGAACCAAUCACCAGGGCACAUACGUCUUACAGGAUAACCGGUUUACACUCUUGACGCCGCUGUCUAGUGGGAAACAGUACCUGGAGGAGGCUCCUAAAUAUCUGGCCUUCUCCUGUGGCCUGUUGAGGGGCGCGCUGUCUAACCUGGGUCUGGAAAGUGUGGUCACUGCAGAGGUCUCCCUCAUGCCUGCUUGUAAAUUCCAGGUGGUGGUGCAGAAGAUUUAGACGACUGUUGGGAGACCUCAGAAUCCUCCCGUCCAGACUUCCCCUUCGCCCUCUACUAUGAAUGUCUACUUAAAUGUCCUGAAUGUUUACAAACCAAGGUAGUUUACAACAUAUUAUUUUUGAUAAAGAGUCCACUCAUAGUGGUCACCUUUUAGAACAAAUUUAAAAUCAGAAACCUGUGAAACAUUGCCUUUUCUUUUUUUUUUUUUUUUUUUUUUUUUCCGAACAGUGAGGUAUGGACAAAGAUGAACAUUUGUAUGUGUCUGCAGAAAAGCUGUUAGGCCAUUGUGAAAUCCUGUACAAUCAAAGCUAGUGUCCUUACUAGAUACCAUUGAGUUUGUGAGAUGUGACCGGUUUAAAGGUAAUUGAUGUACCAAUGUGACAGAUGUAAUGUAUUUAUUUAUUUUAAGACAUUCCCCUCUACCUCUGGUUUUCUGUUUUUUUUUUUUUUUUUUUUUUAAGAAUGCAUUUUCUUUUUAUGAAUUUGUUUAACAAACAGUUGGGUCAAAUGAUUUUAAACAUUUAAGCCCACGGCUAAAAUCAGGCAUAUGAAAUAAGUUCCUGUGUUUACCACUAGAGGACGCUCUGUGUAGGUCUCUUCAGACUUGACUUGGAUUGACUCAGAAGUCAGCUCUGAACUUAAGAAUAGUGUUUUGUGCACUAACCUUCCAUGUUUCAUGAAACAUUCUUUUCCUCACGAGUAUAAUAUAUAUAUUAUAUAGAUAUUAUUCGUCGGUUUCCAAGGCGUCGUAGUCACCCCCCUCAGGUGUACCUUGUGAAAGGAGUGUAGUGUCUCCGUGGUUGUGUCAUUUAGGAUCACCCAGUGUAAACAACGCGUUGAGACGUGUUUUAACACUGCACAGUGAAAAUGCUGUGCAAACGAAGGUGCUGGGGUUGACUCUCUUUUGUAGACACUUUAAACAGAAAAAGAUAAUGCCAACAUAUUAGAAGCAGAAAAAAAAAAAAAAAAGAAAACCGCUUUUGCCCCACUAAAUGGAACUUGACACCAUGUGAAAAAGCAGCCUGAUUUAGUUUUAAUACCCAGAGUGUGAUGUGUAGUUAUGUGUGGUUCUAUCCCGUCUGUGCCAAAACAGCUGCUCUUGCAUGGGGAGGAGGGCUCUUCCUGUCAACACUUAGUCAGGGCUGGGAAGAAAGUUGUAAAGGUCACCGGCCCAAUGUCUGCAGCACGCCCUCAACACAAACGUGUGGAGAGAAGGAGAAGAGAAAAAAACAAAACAACGGCAUCGAGUUAGGAGGUGAAGGGGAUGGUAGAUUGAGAUAGGGGUGGUGUGGUUGUGGAGAGGGAACUGAUAGAGAGUGGUGUGUGUGUGUGUGUGUUUUUGUGUGUGGAGGGGAGGGAGGAGGGCUUGAUAGAGGGAGGUGUGUGUGUGGAGGGGGUGAGGUGUGUCUGUGUGUGUGUGUGUGUGUGUGGGGGGGGGGGUUAGGGUUGUCCCAGUGCAGUUCCUUUUCAGCGCUGCCUGGUCCUUUGUGGAGGUACAUAACUGCUCGGCUGCCCGGCCAGAUCCCCAGCUGGUCCAUUCCUCCUGAGUCGGGCCAUAAAAGAAAAGUGCUGGAAUGGACCAGGCAGGGCCGUCUGCAUCUGAGAGCCCACUAUGGCCGACAUCAAACACUUCACCCCAGCCCCUCCACCCUACGCCUCCCACUCUUCACCAAUCUGGACAUUCAAACAAUGUCCCUACCAACUUCUUCUCUUCUCUUCUCCUUCCUUUUUUUUUUUUUCAAAACUUCUUCAUUGAGGGUCUCCCCCCCCCCCCCCUCUCUUUCUGUUUCGUUAACAACCAUUAGCUCAGACGAGGGCCAGGGCUACUUAACCAGCUAAUUGUGCGAGUUCCAAAGCCCUCUUCCCUCUCAGGGCUGUGCCAGUGGGCACCCAGUGUGGGGCUCUCAGCGUCUAUGGGGCUGUUUUUUCUCCAGGUGCUUUCUCUUCAUCUCCUCCUCUUCCUCUUCCUCUUCCUUUCCACUCAGAUGAAGCUAUGCAGUUUUGAUAUCCACAGCACUCAAUGUUUGUGAAAUGGAGUGAUUGUAACUGUAAGAAGUUUGAAGGUGUCUUUGUUUUUUUUUAAUAAAUGUGAUCAGUUGUGGUGUUUACCAAAAAGAAAUAAAAGUUGUUUAAUUGGUCA